AUCCUCUCGCAUCCGAUUCCCCCUCCUCCCCCCGUGACUCCCCAGCCCCCACGCGGGGCGCGCGCCGGGCGGGGCCGCCCGAGCUCCCGGGUCCCUGGCGCGGAUCCAGCCCGCGGCCCAGGCCGGGCGGCGGCGGCGGCGGGCGGGGUUCUGGCGGCGCGCGGUUUGGGGGUUUUUUAUAACCCUGGCAGGCGGCUCAGGAAGUGCCUUCCCCGCGCCCCCUCCCCCGGCCACGCCGCCGCGCUCGCUCCCUCCCUUCCUGCGCGCGCGGGGCGCAGACGGCGGCCGAGACGCAGGCGAGGCCCGGCGGGCGCGCGGCCGCAGGCUCCAAAGAAGAAGCUACUGAGGCCCAGAGAGGCCCACACACAGUGAGCCGCCGAGGGAAAGAUCCUCAUAGGGGUCCGACACUGCACCACCAACUAAAACCCAUGAAAGGAGCCCGGUGAUGCUGCCCAGGCUGUGAACAGGGAAGGCGGCGCUGUGGGGGCUGCCGGCAGCCAGGGCCGGGGAGAGACAUGUGGACACGUGGCCUCUAUGGCUCCCGCCUGCCAGAUCCUCCGCUGGGCCCUCACCCUGGGGCUGGGCCUCACAUUCGAGGUCACGCACGCCUUCCGGUCUCAAGAUGAGUUCCUGUCCAGUCUGGAGAGCUAUGAGAUCACCUUCCCCACCCGAGUGGACCACAACGGGGCACUGCUGGCCUUCUCGCCCCCGGCCCCCCGGAGGCAGCGCCGGGGCACCGGGCCCGCGGCAGAGUCCCGCCUCUUCUACAAGGUGGCUGCACCCAGCACCCACUUCCUGCUGAACCUGACCCGCAGCCCCCGCCUUCUGGCAGGGCAUGUCUCCGUGGAGUACUGGACUCGAGAGGGCCUGGCCUGGCAGAGGGCCGCCCGGGCCCACUGCCUCUAUGCUGGCCACCUGCAGGGCCAGGCCGGCAGCUCCCGUGUGGCCAUCAGCACCUGUGGGGGCCUGCACGGCCUGAUUGUGGCAGACGAGGAAGAAUACUUGAUAGAACCUCUGCAAGAUGGGCCAAAGGGAGCCCGGGGCCCAGAGGAGAGUGGCCCACACGUGGUGUACAAACGUUCCUCCCUGCGCCACCCCCACCUGGACACAGCCUGUGGAGUGAGAGACGAGAAACCGUGGAAGGGGCGGCCGUGGUGGCUGCGCACCCUGAAGCCGCCACCUGCCAGGCCGCUGGGCAACGAAACAGAGCGUGGCCAGCCAGGCCUGAAGCGCUCGGUCAGCCGGGAGCGCUACGUGGAGACCCUGGUGGUGGCGGACAAGAUGAUGGUGGCCUACCACGGGCGCCGAGACGUGGAGCAGUACGUGCUGGCUAUCAUGAACAUUGUUGCCAAACUUUUCCAGGACUCAAGUCUGGGCAACAUCGUUAAUAUCCUGGUGACACGCCUUAUCCUGCUCACGGAGGACCAGCCUACCCUGGAGAUCACCCACCACGCCGGGAAGUCCCUGGACAGCUUCUGUAAGUGGCAGAAAUCCAUUGUGAACCGCAGCGGCCAUGGCAACGCCAUUCCAGAGAACGGCGUGGCCAACCAUGACACAGCCGUGCUCAUCACGCGCUAUGACAUCUGCAUCUACAAGAACAAACCUUGCGGCACACUAGGCCUGGCCCCUGUGGGCGGGAUGUGCGAGCGGGAGAGAAGUUGCAGCAUCAAUGAGGACAUCGGCCUGGCCACCGCAUUCACCAUCGCCCAUGAGAUCGGACACACGUUUGGCAUGAACCAUGACGGCGUGGGGAACAGCUGCGGGGCCCGUGGCCAGGACCCAGCCAAGCUCAUGGCCGCCCACAUCACCAUGAAGACCAACCCGUUCGUUUGGUCAUCCUGCAGCCGCGACUAUAUCACCAGCUUUCUGGACUCGGGCCUGGGGCUCUGCCUGAACAACCGGCCCCCCAGGCAGGACUUCGUGUACCCAACGGUGGCGCCCGGCCAGGCCUACGACGCGGAUGAGCAGUGCCGCUUCCAGCACGGAGUCAAAUCGCGUCAGUGUAAAUACGGGGAGGUCUGCAGCGAGCUGUGGUGUCUGAGCAAGAGCAACCGGUGCAUCACCAACAGCAUCCCGGCCGCCGAGGGCACGCUGUGCCAGACACACACCAUCGACAAGGGGUGGUGCUACAAGCGGGUGUGCGUCCCCUUCGGGUCGCGGCCGGAGGGCGUGGACGGGGCCUGGGGCCCGUGGACCCCGUGGGGCGACUGCAGCCGGACGUGCGGCGGCGGGGUGUCCUCCUCCAGCCGGCACUGCGACAGCCCCAGGCCAACCAUCGGGGGCAAGUACUGCCUGGGCGAGAGGCGGCGGCACCGCUCCUGCAACACGGACGACUGUCCCCCAGGCUCCCAGGACUUCAGGGAAAUGCAGUGCUCCGAAUUUGACAGCGUCCCCUUCCGUGGAAAAUUCUACACGUGGAAGACAUACCGAGGAGGGGGCGUGAAGGCCUGCUCCCUCACGUGCCUCGCAGAAGGCUUCAACUUCUACACAGAGAGGGCGGCAGCCGUGGUGGACGGGACGCCCUGCCGCCCGGACACAGUCGACAUUUGUGUCAGCGGCGAGUGCAAGCACGUGGGCUGCGACCGGGUGUUGGGCUCUGACGUGCGGGAGGACAAGUGUCGAGUGUGCGGGGGAGACGGCAGUGCCUGUGAAACCAUCGAGGGGGUCUUCAGUGCAGCCCUGCCCGGGGCCGGGUACGAGGAAGCCGUCUGGAUCCCCAAAGGCUCCGUCCACAUUUUCAUCCAGGACCUGAACCUCUCCCUCAGUCACCUGGCCCUGAAGGGGGACCAGGAGUCCUUGCUGCUGGAGGGGCUGCCCGGGACCCCCCAACCCCACCGCCUGCCCCUGGCCGGGACCACCUUUCAGCUGAGACAGGGGCCAAAUAACACGCAGAACCUAGAAGCCCUGGGACCCGUUAACGCAUCUCUCAUCGUCAUGGUACUGGCCCGGACAGAGCUGCCCGCCCUCCGCUACCGUUUCAAUGCGCCCAUCGCCCGCGACGCGCUGCCCCCCUACUCCUGGCACUACGCGCCCUGGACCAAGUGCUCGGCCCAGUGUGCAGGCGGCAGCCAGGUGCAGGCCGUGGAGUGCCGCAAUCAGCUGGACAGAUCGGCCGUGGCCCCCCACCACUGCAGUGCCCACAGCAAGCUGCCCAAGAGGCAACGCGCCUGCAACACAGAGCCCUGCCCGCCCGACUGGGCCGUAGGAAACUGGACGCGCUGCAGCCGCAGCUGUGACGCGGGCGUGCGCAGCCGCUCGGUCGUGUGCCAGCGCCGCGUGUCAGCCGCCGAGGAGAAGGCGCUGGACGACAGCGCGUGCCCGCAGCCGCGCCCACCCGUCCUGGAGGCCUGCCACGGCCCCGCCUGCCCGCCCGAGUGGGCCGCCCUGGACUGGUCGGAGUGCACCCCCAGCUGCGGGCCGGGCCUCCGCCACCGCGUGGUCCUUUGCAAGAGCGCAGACCACCGCGCCACGCUGCCCCCCGCGCACUGCUCGCCCGCAGCCAAGCCGCCGGCCACCAUGCGCUGCAACUUGCGUCGCUGCCCCCCGGCUCGCUGGGUGGCGGGCGAGUGGGGCGAGUGCUCCGCGCCCUGCGGCGUUGGGCAGCAGCAGCGCAUCGUGCGCUGUUCCAGCCACACCGGCCAGCCGUCGCGCGAGUGCGCCGAGGCGCUGCGGCCACCCACCACGCAGCAGUGCGAGGCCAAGUGCGACAGCGCGCCCCCUGGUGACGGCCCCGAAGAGUGCAAGGAUGUGAACAAGGUCGCCUACUGCCCCCUGGUGCUCAAAUUUCAGUUCUGCAGCCGAGCCUACUUCCGCCAGAUGUGCUGCAAAACCUGCCAGGGCCGCUAGGGGGCGCGCGGCCCUCGGAGCCACAGCUGGGCACCGGCUAGGGGGGACCCAGCCUGCAGCUGGCCAGCCUGAAGGAGCCCGAGGGGGCGGGAGCUGGGAGUGAAGGGUGAGAUGGAGCCGGAAGUUAUUUAUUGGGAACCCCUGCAGGGCCUCUGGCGGGGGGAUGGAGAGGGGCUGGCCACCCCCAGGGCCCCUCGUCUGACCCUGUCCCAGUUCUUAAAGAGACCCCCUCCGGGGUGGGUUUGAGGAGGGAACAACUGUUCCCCCUAGUGCCCUCUUCACCCACCCCUAGGGAGCCCGCGACACUCCCCCCCUUUGAUCGGAAUAUGUACUGUGAAGAGGGGGGGUGGGGAGGGGGUCAGCCGGUGCCCUGCCCGCCCCCCCAGCACUGCCCUAUCCCUCCACUCUGAGCUGGGGGGGGUCUAUGUCCGCUAUGGGGGAGGGGGGUUAGCACCACCUCCCUACCACCCUCCCCCUGACCAGACCAACUAUAGGGGUGAGGCAGGACUGGGAAGAUCCACCCCGCCCUCUGCCCUGUCUGCCCCAGGGGGACCCCAACAUACAGGCCGCCCCCAUCAUGGUGCUACAGGCCCUGCCCUGGGGCCCACACCCCUCGCCAGGAAGCCCUACAUCAAUAAAGUCCUGUCUUGUGUAGAUUUCCGCGCAGCGGUGUGUGUGUCAGCGCGUCUGGGUCACAUUCAGCCCCCGCCCCAGCCUGGACGUGGCCACAGCCACUCACAGGUCGUCCCCAGCAGCCCUAAGGGGGCUUUUACCAACACAGACUAGAGCCCAGUGAUUUUAGGAUAAAAAUACAGCUUCUCACGGAGGCUCUCGAAGCCACAGGGUCUGGCAGCCGCCAUCCCGGCCACUACACUCCCAGUCACUCCGCACACCCCGGCCUGCUAGAGGUUCCUCAAUCUCCCAGCAAUCUUCCCAUCUUGGGGUCUUGGCCACAGCUGUUUCCUCUGCCAGGGUACCCUCCCCUCCACUCUUCACCUGGUUAACUCCUACUCACCCUGCGGUCUCAGCACAAGCAUCGCCUCCUCCCAGACGCCUCCCCUGAUGCCCCCCACAAGGUGGGGGUCCUCCCGCCUGCUUAUUCACUUUUAGUGCCUGGAGGCAUUGCUGAGGUUUGCACACGCCGAGCCCGUCGACGGAGCAAGCUUGCGCGGAUUCAGGGAGAAACGGGCUCCUCCCCAGAUGUCGCCACUAGGGGGCGCGCGUCUUGGCGACCUCUAGGCAGGAUGACGUGUGCCGCCCGGAGCGCGGGGUAUCCCUGUCCUUGAGCCUCCCUGUCGGGCUCUCCGAGGGCCGGCUUCUGCCUCGGCUGCCUCCUCGCUGGGGGGCACGGGGAGGUGACAACCUCUGGGAACUGCCAUGUCCUCAAAUCUCAAGAGGAGACCAGGAGGUGGCCUGCUGCUGUCCUAAAGAUCAGGGCAUGGGCUGACACCAUGGGUCCCCUGUGUGGAGGAAGGACCAGCAGAGGCCGCUCUGGAAGAGGGAGCUUGCUCAGGGAUGCCCAGAGCACGCACAUCUGAAGCGGUUUUGAAAAGACCUGAGCAGCCCAAAUGAUUCCUGGGGUCAGUCACGCAGCCAGCUGACCUGCGUGCUGCUUGCUGCAGCCCGUGCCCCUGAGGAGCGGGAGAAGGGGCUUCUGGGGUCUGGCGGGGGCUGCCAUCCAUCCUUGAUCUCUCCCUUCAGGCUCAGAGC